AUGGUUUUUUUCAAUCUUAUAACAUCUUGCACAGGACCUUUUGAGGUCCAGAGGAAACAUGCUCAUACGCCUCAUGUUCAGGGCCUCCGUACUCUGCAGCAGCCAUGCCUACCUACCGGAACCCAGCGAAGCGGCCCCAGCCUUGCCAGCGAUCAGUUCUGUACCGAAGGAUCUGUGGUGACUAUCACCCAAACUUUAUACGAGAGCUCGCUUGAUUCAAAGUUGGCUAUAUACCGAGCCAUUGUCAUCAAAGAUGGCCAAUGGGUACCUUGUACGCUUGAAUAUCAAGAGUUGAUCAAGCGCAGGAAUGGCAGUAUGGCCCUUGCAGAGUUCAGGCCAUCGUGGUGA